ACACUUAUAUCGUAGCAACCCUGUGGGUUUAUCAGCUUUAGCUUUGCCGCUGCAGUAUAAAUAUAUAUAUUUUAAAUCGUUAAUUAUGAGCGUAUCGCCAGUGGUACGUAGGAAAUAUUUCGUUCGUUAACGGUCGCCUGGAUUGCCGGAGUGCUGGAGAAGGACAUCAUUUCCAGGCGGAGCUGUCAGAACAGCUUAGCUGAGCCUGAGUGAGGCUUUUCGCCCGUGGUUAGUUUUCGAGAGAGAACAUGAGUAAAGAGUCACAGUUGAGGGCUCUUGUCAAUCAGAAGCUGAUAGAAAUGGGCGAAAGGGAGAGGCUGAAGGAGCUGCUGCGUGCUCGGCUCAUAGAAUGUGGGUGGAAGGACCAGCUGAAGGCGCACUGUAAAGAUGUCAUCAGAGAAAAAGACUCGGAACAUGUUACGGUGGAGGAUCUGGUAGCGGAAAUCACACCAAAAGGGAGAGCUCUGGUACCAGACAGCGUGAAGAAGGAACUUCUACAGAGAAUAAGGGCUUUCCUUGCGCAGCAUGCCACCUUGUAAGGGGCCGAAAAGCUUUCGUUCCCCUGAUCCAUCUAAAUGAAUGAACUUUUUUGCUGAAACUCUAACAUGAUGUGCAAUCAUGAUCACAGCUUACACAAUUGUUAGUUUUUUUUUCCUUCAUAACCAGGCACUGGCAGUUUUCC